AUGAUCGAUUAUCCUCAUCAUCCAUUUGUUGAUUAUCCAUUAAUAAAUAAACCUAAUGAAUUAAUUCAAAAUAAUGAACAAUUAUUAUUAACAAGAGAAUUGUUGGAAAAUAUAGAAAUUCAUCCUAUUUCUCCAAUUAAAAGAGAAAAAGAAAUUGCUGAUAAUAAAAAACCAAAAGCUCUUGACAAUAUAUUAAAGAAAUCUGAACAAAAAUAUCCUAAAAUUCGAGUUUCACUUGAAGUAUUUAAUCAACUAAAACAAAUUCAAAAACAAAAAAAUUAUAAGUCAUUUUGUGAAGUUGUUUCUAAACUUCUUGAAUUAUAUGAAGAACGUGAUGUUUCUUCGUUAAGUAAAAGUAUUGAUUAA